AUGGCGUAUCCCCACCGUGACCGCUACGAUGACGGAUACUAUCCCCCUCCGUCAGAUGAUCGAUUUGCUGGCCCUCCGCCCCGACGACACAAAUCCGAGCGACACCGCCGUCGCAGUCCCGACGGUAUCCCAUAUGGCGAAGACGCGUACCCCCCGCGGCGGGGCUAUUCUCGCAGGGAACCCCCCGGGCCAAGAGGCAUGACACAACCCGGCAGCAGCGGGCGGCGUCCAAGAAGCCCUCCACCGUAUUAUCCUCCGGAGCCGGCCCCUCGUGAGCCUCGCAAAGAUUCACGGCGGGAACCGCGUCCCUCUCGACCGGAGCGAGAUGUGCCGCGGAGCUACGACCGCAACUACCCACCGGCGCGGGACUACGCCAGCCCUCGGGAUCAACCACGCCGCCCACAUCGCGAGGAGCCCGAAUAUCGCCCUCGACGAGACAGGGCAUCGCCGCCACCAGAGUACAGAUCCCGCCCCCGCGAAGGCCGCUCUUACAAGUCCCGACCCGUUUCGCCAGAACCAAUAUCCCGACCUCGAGAGUUCCCUGCCCCCAAAUACGGCGGCGGCGACGACGGCAAACGCCCCCAUCGGGCGCGAUCUCACGAGCGUUCUCAUAAACGGGACGUGAGUCCUGCGCGUGGUCGUGACCGCGCCUUCCCUCCCACGAGCAAACCCCCUUCGUCCUCGCGACGCAAGUCCGCGCCUGCGCCGACGGCGGACAAGGCCAAGAAACAGGCUUGGUGGCAGAAUCCCCUCGUCCAGGCGGGUGCGCGGACGGCGUUUGCUGCUGGAGCGCAGGCCGCGAUGCAGAAUCGCAACGACCCCAAUCCGUGGCUGGGGUCCAAGGGUGCCAAAGUUGCGACGGCUGCCCUGGGCGCUGCGUUGAUGGAUGGCUUUGGCAAGAAGAAGGACUGA